AUGGGGUGGGGUGUGGGUGAGGCCCUGGAAGAUGGGAGUGACAGUGCUGAGCCUAGUCCUCCCCCACAGGAACACUGCAUCACCUUUGACAGAGUCCUGAGCUCUGAUGCUGCUCAGGAGGCUGAGCAGGAGCUGCUAGCCCGGGUCCAGUCCACACUAGGCUUGGUGGCCCGAGGGUACAGUGUGUCCCUACUACUUCGGGGCCGGGAAACAGAGACACCUCGGCUUGUACCUCAGCUGUUGCAGAUGCUGUUUAAGGAAGCUCUGCCCCACACGGGCCCUGUUCCUGGGGUUAGCACCCUUAGCCUGGUACAGCUCGACCCCAGUGGAAGGACUCAGGACCUGCUCUUUCCAGGGAAAGAGAACCUAUCAGUGCUAGAUGUGUUUCCUUUGGGCUUGGUGGUGGAAGAUGCCAGUGAGGUGCAGGUGUCUGACUCAAGAGCUGCCUUGGAGCUGUACUUGCAGGCUGCAGCGGUGAGGACAGGAGAGCCUCUAGAUUGCCCCCUGCUUCACGUGUUGGCUGGUAAGGUUAUUGGUGAGGAGGUGGAGGGCACUCUGCCCUGGAUCGUGUCACGGCUCCUGGAAGGAAACAACUAUAUUGGUCUUCUUCUUCGUCUGGACCCUCAAGGUGGCUCCCUGAGCUUGCUCAGAGCUGCUCUGCUGGGGGCUGCAGAAAGGAGGAUGCAGGUGAAACAGGUGAAGCCCACCCUGUGGGAUGCAGUAGAAGAGGCGCGUGCCCGCCGGGCUCGCCUGAAAAGCCUGCGUUCAGGCCUCCUUGGGGACACCCUGACAGAAAGCAGGCUCAGCCAGCUGGGCAGGGCACUUCGAGAGUUGCAGGUGGUAAAAGCCUGGAGCCAGUACCCAGGAGGCUGGAUGUUCAAAGGGGUCAAAGCUAAGGCUGUGGGGCUCCCAGAACUACAGUUACUUUCAACUUGUUUUUACAGCCCUGAGCUUAGAUUUCAAAGUCCUGAGCUUAAUGUGUGCAAUGCUGGGAGGAAGGGGAUGGAAUUCCCAUUCUUAAUAUAUUCUCAGCAGGUGAUAGAUUCAACAGCAUGCCACAGCCCAGGCUUCCAGGGAGAGCCCAAAGUGGUCGGAAUAACAGCAUCUCUGGGACCUGGGCUGCACCAAAAGCAUCCUCUCAGGGACUAUGAGGAACAGGCCUUGCAAGCCCCAGAUGUGGCCCUGCAGUUCUUCUUGGCCCAGGCACGGAGGAAGAGACUUCAAGAACAGCACCAGAUAUGGAUCCAAGAGGAACUGAAGCAUUUGGAACAGGAGGAGAAAGAGGUGGCAAGUGAUAAGGUCAAAGGCCUGGUGGCUGGAAAGGAGGUGAGGAGGAGGCAGAGAUGGCACCGGGAGCAGACACUCCAGAGACUCCAGCUGGAGGCCCUUCAGGCAGAGCGGGACACUGCAGAGCAGGACCUCCUAGCCCUGUAUGACCUGCAUGUACAGGCUGCCCGGGCUCAGACAUGACACAUGCUGCAGGUAUUUCGAGCCUGGCAAGGGCUGUGGGAGGAGCAGGCCAUGACCACAGAGCAUCACCACCGCAGCCUGCUGGCUGGUAUCCUUCAAGACACGCUCCAACUGGCCACACAGAACCAGGAGCUCCAAGCCCAGAUCCAGCAGCUUCAGCAGGGUGUAGACUAGGCUGGGGCCAGUUGUGCUUAAUUGAUGCCCUGGGGAGAAGUCUGGUGAUCAGUAAUCCUUCAGGGGCAGCUUCUUUUUUCAUUCUUCAGGGUCCCAGCAGAGAGGGGGAGCUGGGAUGCAGUAACCACGCUAACCUUCACUAUGGCUAAUUAACGGCACCACUAGCCAGGUCUCGUGUCAGUCCCCGCUAAGCAGCUAAUUCCACCGCUUCGUUUUAGCCUUUUCCACUACCCUGUGUGUAGGAGGUGCCACUUGGCCCCCAUUUCAGAGAUGAGGCAAGUAAAGCUAGGAGGGGUUAAGUGACUGCCUGAGGAUAGUCCAAUAAAUGACAGAGCCAGAAUUGAAACUGGAGCCUGUUAGAACUAUAGUUCUACACUGCACAUAGGAAUGGUUCACAAGCUGAAGUGUGCAUCAGAAUCACUUAGAGAGCUUAUUAAAGAAAAAAGAAAAAAAAGAUUCCCAAACCCCUACUCUCUCAGCUUCUUCAGUAGGUCUGCAGUUUUGUUUUUUAAAGCUUACUAGGUAUGCUCCCCCAGAAACAGAGCCUGAUGUUCCUCUGGCCAUGAGAAGAGAUGAGAGGCAGGAAUAUCAAUGGGGGAACUAGAGGAAAUAAGAAUAAAAACCAUACUGAAUCCA